CCAGUGCAGAUCACUUCAUUCAGCUAUGAUGAGAAACGAAAAUUGUUUCACGAUGAUCGUUCAAGGAAAUACUAUCAUCCUCCACCACCAAAUGCAGAUUUGAACAGAGGCUAUGAAACUAGGAUCGAACGAGAUGAUAAUGUGAAUGAACAUCUGAACUCGCUUUUGGAAGCAUUGAUGCAAGGAGAAGAGGUAGAAGGACAUCAAAAACAGGCAGAUUUGAUCACAUGGCGUGGAAUGAUGACAAAAUUGUGCACGGUCUUAUACGAAGAUCAGCAAGGAUUUGAGAUGAAUGUGAUGAUGCUAAACGGAACGCUCUACAUAGAAGAGCACGUAGGAGAAGCAAAACUGGCUGAUAGAAGAAGAUCAAAAGAAGGAUCGGAGGGUUCAAAACGAAAUGGGUAUUAUGGUUACAGUUUCGAAAGUUGGACUUGUCACUCUUGGCGUGAAAGGGGACAGGGCACGAAUGCAUGGGAUGGCGAUGUGAACACAAAUGUUCAAUGGUGUUUGGUAGUAAAGACAAAGCUGGGAAGUAUGAGAUUGAUUUUGGGCGGAGAGGUGGACGCAGUAGACCCAGUCUCAAAUGCACCAAUCGAAGUAAAGACGAGUAGAGAUAUCAGAAGUGCAAAAGAUGAAGAAUUUUUCGAAAAGAAGAUGUUACGAUUUUAUAUGCAAAGUUUUCUCUUGGGAAUUCAAAAAGUCAUUGUUGGCUUUAGAGAUCAUAGAGGAUUCCUUGUCACAAAUCAAGAAAUGGACACUUUGGCAAUGCCGCGAGCGGUAAGAGGAAAACCUCAUGCUUGGGAUCCCAUGGCUUGUUUAAAGGCGGCUUCAGAUAUUCUCUCGGCUGUGAAGGCACAUCUAUCUGCACAUACACAACAGAGUAAAUUGCCAGAUGUCAAA